AAUUUUAGAGUAACCAGACACACCUAAUGUGUUCCAUUUAAGAAGCACAAGCCCACGAAAUUCCGACUGGCCUACAAAGACCAUUAGAAAAGUAAAGAAAAUCUUUAAUUAAAACUGAAAGCCAGGGUAAAAUAUGUUUUGCAGAAUAUUGGCGUGCACAAGUGCACGAAAUUUAUAUAGAUUUCCCAGAAGCCUUGUCGUGACGCAACAGCAUGCGGUGACACAAUUCUAUCCCAUUUCCUAUGGCGCACGAUUUUUGCACGUUAAAGUCUUCGAUAAAGAAUUGGAGGCGCAAAGAGAAGCUAAUCGUGGGAAACGUAUUGUUGACGAACCCUAUAACGAUACAGAAUCGGCCCAUGAAAAGAAUAAAACAACAGAAUUGAAACUAAAAAAUAACCGGCAAAGUUCUGCGUCGCCAAGUCUGUCCACAUUACAUGAAAGUGAAAAUACUGUUGACCCAGACGUCUUUGGUAACGCUCCAAAAACUCCCUUGCCGGAGUAUGAAGAUGACAUAGCCGAAGAGGAGUAUAUAAGUCGUCCAACAAGGCGAUCCAAAAAACUACGUACCAAGGAAUAUGCUGCCAUGAUAAAGGAUCAUUUAAAGAAUCAUCGAGUAAAGGAAGCCUUAGAAGUUCUGGAGAUUCGCAUGCUAAAAGAGGACCGAGUAAAGCCAGAAAACUAUAUUUAUAAUUUACUGAUAAGUGGCUGUGCCAAGGCAGGUUACACCAGAAAGGCGUUUCAACUCUAUACUAAAAUGCGUCAACGUGGUUUAAAAGUGAAGGAGAGCACUUACACGUCCCUUUUCAAUGCAUGUGCUAAUGCUCCGUCGCGCCUUGAUGGUUUAACAACAGCAAAACGAUUGCACGAGAAGCUUUUGGAAAAGGGAUAUGAACCAAAUGUGAAAAACUAUAACGCCAUGUUAAAAGCAUUUGGCCGUUGGGGUGAUAUUGAGAUGGCCUACAUGUUAGCUGAUGAAAUGGUGGACAAAAAACUUGAGAUGAAUGGCGAAACAUACAAUUUCCUAUUACAAGCCUGUGCUAGUGACUCAAAAAUGGGAUUUCGGCAUUGCCUUUUAACAUGGCAUAAAAUGUUACGCCAAGGUAUUAACCCAGAUUAUUAUUCCUUUAAUGCUGUAUUGCGCUGUACUCGUGACUGUGGCAUUGGUGAAUUGGAUUCCAUGGAGGAAGCAUUAAAGGGAAUUUUGGAAGGAAGUCAACAGCGUAUGCAAAUAUCAUCUUCCAAGUCAGACACACCGGAAUUAGAAAGCGGCGAUUCUAUUCCAAACGAGCUCAAAUCGUCUUCAAACGAUUUGGUUAAUGAAAACAAUUCCCCCAAUGCUAUACUAAUUCAAACUCAAGCAACAUCUUUGGAAUUACCAAAUUUAUUAGCACCUCAACCACAUCUGGGGAGUAUGGUUUCAUUGGCUGAAGUUCAAAAACCCCACGAAAGGUUUUUACUUUUGGGUGGCCUACAGGGUUUUCUCGAAUUGAUGAAAUCCUAUCACAUAACACCGGACAUUGAAACAUUCACCACCAUGCUAGAAGUAAUACCGCCAACAAAUACAGCCGAGAAACAACUUCUGACCUAUAUACGAAAAAUUGGUCUCAAGGCAGAUAUUGACUUCUUUAACAUAUUGAUUAAGAAAAGGGCUAUGCGUUUUGAUUAUGAAGGUGGAAAAGAGGUCUUAUCCAUGAUCCGAACAGCUGGUCUUUAUCCUGAUAUUGUCACCUAUGGUGUUUUGGCACUGGGUUGUACAACAGUUGAAAGCUCUAGGGAGUUAUUGCAGAAAAUGCAACAAAAUAAUAUAAGAAUGAAUAUGCACAUCUUAGGUGCUAUGCUACGUCAAGGUUGUGCCAAAAAGGAUUUUUCAUAUGUGUGUGAUAUUAUGCAAAUAAGUUUGGAUGAGAAUAUCAAACCGAAUGAAAUAUUUCUGAGGCAUUUGCAUAAAUUCCAUUUGGAUUGUGCUCGGGCCAUUGAUGCUAGGCAUCCUUCAACCAAAACCGGUCUCUACAAAAAAGAACACAAGAAAUUCUGUGAUAAAUAUCGGCUAUACCUUGAAGAGCAUGGGUUAUCCAAUUUAAAAAUUGAUGAUCAAAUAAAGAAAAUAAGAGAACGUCCCUACGAACACUACAAGGAGGAUCCAGUCGAUGGCAUGGAACCUCUGAAAAACGAAAAAUUAGCAAGCAAACAAAAGCUUCGAAAAUAUAUAAAGAAAAUAAAACUGCAGCACCUUAAAGGAGAUGAAGAUGGUACCCCUUCACUAGAGAAUAUGCAAGUCAAAACAAUUGAUAGUCCCAAAGUCACAAAUGCAAAUAAUCCUUUUAGAGUAACAUAGUUAAUAAAGACGUUAUUUAUUGUAAACUGAAGAAAAAA